GACGGCGCAUCGCCGCUUCUCAUUGCAUCGUGGAAGAAGCAAUUUGAGGUUGUGACGACACUGUUGGCUGCCAACGCUGACGUCCACCACGCUGCCAACGACGGUGCGACACCACUCUUUUACGCAGCCAACGUGGGCGACGACAAGAUCGUGGCGGCGCUUCUCGCGGCCAACGCUGAUGUCAACUGCGCUCUGACGAAUGGCGCCACGCCGGUCUUUGUGGCGGCCCAGAACGGCCACGACACCGUCGUCGCGAGCCUUUUGAAGGCCGGCGCCGAC